AUGAAAGUCAUCGCUAUGUCGUUCAAUAAAACUGCAUGCGAUAUUCAUCUGUCCGCAGACGGUGGCGGGACCCAUUUAGUAGCGAUAUGCAACAAUGACGAGGGUUCUGGGAUCACUGCCGACCUCAUUCUUGAUCAAUACCUGGGAAAUAAGGAUGGCCAUUUUGAAUGGGGUGGAACGAACUUCAGCAAGAAUGCCAGGAACAUUACCAUGAGCGCUGAAUGGCCAGAGCGAAAACCAAUUCUUCGCUCAGAACUCCUGGAUUCAUCUGGGCAUUAUGUUCAAGAUGAGAUCGAUCUUGCCGCUCACAUCGCAAAUGUCGAGGGAGAACUAAUGUACCACCAACCCGAAGAUUGA